UGGUGCGGCCGCGCUGGCUCACCCCACCCGACCUGGCGGGGUUGGAGGGGCUGGGGCGGCUGAGGACGAUGGUGUUGGAUCUGGACAGUCGCGCGGUGCAGUGCCGGGAGGUGCGACUGGGCUUCGCACGGGGCAUCUCGCGCCUGGCUGGUCUAACCGGGCUGCAGGAAGUGAGGUGGGAUGUUCCCGAUCCAGACAGCGACGGACGUCAUGCUUCCAGCUCCGAAAGUGAAGCCGCAGGGCACCCCGACUCCUCCCUGGAGCUCUGCGCCCAGCUGCGCCACCUCACCGGUUUGCAGCGGCUGUCGCUGCUGGUGCUGCCCUCCUGCCGCCAGCAGCUGACACGGCUGGAGGAGCUGCAGGCGCUGCGGCACCUGCCCUUCCUGGAGCUGAGCUCGGGGUGAUUGGUGAGGGCUGCGGAGGGCUGCUGAGCUGAGCUGAGCUGAGCUGAGCUGGGCUGAGCUGCGUCGGGGGAUGGCAAAACACAUUGGCAUUACAGGUUGUAGAAGGGUGUGAGGGGGCGGGGCGUGUAUGGGCUGUGGUUGUUUUUGUUGAUGGUGAAGGCCUUGGAAUGGGGAUUCGAGGUAGAACGGACGGAGGAGGCAGGAAGGGGCGACUGCACCGCUGCAAAGUGGGUGAAAGGCAGGAGGAGGCAGGGUUGGGAGGUGGAAGGGUUGUGGUUUAGGGUUUUAGCUGUAGCGUGUCAUUCCGAACAUCGGCCGCGUAGGCGUUGUUACCUUCCGUUCAUGGGGAAGAAUGUUCGGUGAGGGUGAGGGCAGGCAUGCGUUUGGCCGGGCGGACGGUAGGGGGCGAGAACAGGUUCAGGAUGCUGCUUUUGCGUGUCACUGUUGUUCGGUGCGGAGCCAUGCGUGCAUGCCCCCAGUGGCUGACGACCAAAUGUCCAAGUUUACAUCGAGUGGUGCGCCACCAGGGGAUGGGGGCUACGAAUCAACAAACAAGAGGAGGUAUGAGCCCUCAAGAAGAGACACUACCGUACGCAUUCCUGUACGAAGCGAGCGGACGGAGUGUCUCCCCCAGUGCCACCACAACACACCGCAACGCACCACCACAACAAUGCGGCCUUCCUCGCACAGCCCUACACAGUCGCGUGCUGUUGGCGUCU